AUGGGCGACAGUUAUCGACGUCCGCGUGAACGAGAGCGUGAGCGAGACCCUAAAGAUUCAACAGUCGAGUACUUUGGCGCUGGCGAAAGCUACCGACCAGGUGGCCACUCAGGUCAAGGCCCAUACCGCCCUACGCAUGCUGGAAGAGACACCUGGAGUUCAGACCGUCGCGAGCCCCGAGACCCGCGUGAGCCACGUGAGCCACGACGUGAUCGAGAUGUCAGACGCGAAGACAUAGACUCCUACAUUCCUCCUACCAGUACACGAGCUCGCCGCGAUAGUCGGUCACCUCCCCCACGCGACCGAGGACGCUCCCGCACGCCACCUCCAAGAGACCGAGGUGACCUCUUUCCUGAACAUCCUCGAUCUCCCCCCCGACGAUUUUCACCGAGGCGAGAUGACAGAGCAAGAUCUCCUCCAAGACGUCGAUCACGCUCUCCUAUCAGCCGCGCUCGUAGCCCAGAAGGCCGACGCGAAAGAGAUUACAGCCCACCUCGUUCACCUCGCCGCGAGCGCUCCCCAAGAUAUGACCGCGCAUAUUCUCCUCCUCGAGAUGCGCGCAGAUUCCGGUCUAGAUCAAGAACACCAAGGAAAAGUGCAUUCACCGAGGAUAACUGGCGUCGCCGUUCGCCAUCUCCAAGAGCAGGUUCAAACGCACCUUCUCGCAGAUCAUCACCGCCGGUCCAUCCCGACCGUACAAGCGUAGCCGGGUCCGCCCCACGUUCUCCAGGCUACCGCGACACGCCGACUCGAGAUUUGCGGACCGAGCGCUCCGGCAGCGAUUUUGCCCCUCCUUCGGGUCCUCGAGGAGCGCACAAUGGCUAUGAGCGGCCUCCUCCUAGUGGUCCAGCGCGCAGCUUCAGCUCGAAUCAAACCCCUCCUACUGGCCCUCGCGGCCCUGGUAGUGCACCAGCGCAGCCCAGUGGCUCUGCGGGUCGCUUUGACACACCUCGCCGCGACUACAACAACCCUUCACUACGGGGUCGCACAAGUCUCACUUACCGUGCACCUUCGGCACCUCGAGCUCCAACAUAUGGCGAAGGGGGCGUACCUCCCGGCCCAAGCGCUGCUCCGCCAUCUGGCCCACGAGCCAAUAGCUUCAGUCGGGGUGACUAUGGCGCCGCCCGUGGGGACUAUCGCGGCAGCUUUUCCGGAGGGCGCGGCCAAGACUUUGCAUUCCGUGGCAGCAACAACAGCUCAAGCACAACCUACCCGCGUACCCAGCGCUUCACGUCCACGCAGCAACAUCUGCAAAAUACCGAAAAGAUUGUCCCGGGUGGCAAGCUUCUUCCAUCAGGCUUGUCCAGCGAGCAGGAGAAGAAGAUGCGUCAACUAGAGGCUGAAGCUGAACGCAUGAAAGCUGAUAUUGAGGAAAAGCAGGCUGCGAAACGUGAGGCAGUCAACGAAUGGGAGGUGCGCGAGCGGGAGAGCACCAGAGACUCGUAUCGGAGUGAGCUGGCGGAUGAGAGUCUGCACAAACUGAUGGAAGGUGAGGAUACGGGUAUGGCGGCGUUUUAG